ACCUGUCUGCCUGGAUGGGGGCGAGACUGAAGUGCCCUCUUGCCCAGUGCUGAGUCAUGGGCAUCCCCCGGGGUGACCACCUCAACUCCCUCAGCGCUGGCCCCUCCCAGCCUCCCUCUGAGAAGUCCGUGACUCGCGUAUGGUCCAGUCAUCCCCAGCCGAGCUAGGGAGGAGGGAGGAGCCCAGCUGGGGCAGGAGGGGGCGUCCCCCCACCAAGCACGCCCUGGCGCCUCCUCCCCGCCCCCGUUUGCGCUGGCUGCCCGCCUUGCCCUGCCGCAGGACUGGGCUGGGAGCCUCCCACACUCACCAGCUCGCUCGGCGGCGGGCCCACGGCUGGCAGGCUGAGCCUCGGAGGUGGAUCUUGAAGGGUGGCUCAGCUGCCUGGCCCCACGCAGGACCUUCCUCCCGGCCCCAGGUAGUGGCUCCUCAGGGUGACUUCAGGGAGGAAGAUGGCUCCCCAGACGCUGCUGCAGAUAGCGCUGUUCCUGCUCUUCCUGGUUCAAGGUGCCCGUGGCAGGGGCCCCGGGGAAGACUUCCGCUUCUGCGGCCAGCGGAACCAGACGCAGAGGAGCAGCCUCCGUUACAGUGAGACGCCGGAGCUGCGCAUCUCCAUCCAGAACUCCGAGGAGGCCCUCACGGUCCACGCCCCCUUCCCUGGAGUCUCCCCGGACCCCCAGGAUUUCCCGGAGCCCAGGGGCCUUUACCACUUCUGCCUCUACUGGAACCGCCGUGCGGGGAAACUGCAUCUGCAGUACGGCAAGAAGGACUUCCCACUGAGCGACGGGGCCUCCCGCCUUCUGUGCUUCCAGUCCCAGGAGGAGAGCCGGGCCCAGGGCCCCCCGCUGCUCGCCACCUCUGUCAGCUCCUGGUGGAGGCCCUGGAACACCAGCCUGCCCAGCGCUGCUGGCUUCACCUUUUCCUUCCACGACCCUCCCCAGAAGGCCUCUCACGAGGCCUCCGUGGACAUGUGUGACCUGAAGAGAGAGCUCCAGCUGCUCAGCCAGCUUCUGCAGCACCCACAGAAGAUGGGGAGGAGGCCCUCACUCACCCCUGCCCACCAGAGGCUGCAGAGCCUGGAGUCGAAGCUGGCCUCGGUGAGGUUCACGGGGCACACGGCGUCCUUCGAAGAGGAUCGGGUCAACGCCACGGUGUGGAAGCUCCAGCCCACGGCCGGCCUCCAGGACCUACACAUCCACGCCCGCCAGGAGGAGGAGCGGGGCGACAUCCUGGAGUACUCGGUGCUGCUGCCCCGCGCGCUCUUCCAGACCAAAGGCCGGAGGGGGCAGGCCGAGAAGAGACUCCUCCUGGUGGAUUUCAGCAGUCAAGCCCUGUUCCAGGACAAGAAUUCCAGCCAAGUCUUAGGUGAGAAGGUCUUGGGUAUCAUGGUGGAGAACACCAAAGUGGCCAACCUCUCAGAGCCCGUGGUGCUCACCUUCCAGCACCAGCCGCAGCCGAAGAACGUGACUCUGCAGUGUGUCUUCUGGGUUGAAGACCUGACACUGCGCAGCCCGGGGAGCUGGAGCGACGCUGGGUGUGAGACCAUCAGGAGAGAGACAGAGACGUCCUGCCUCUGCAACCACCUGACCUACUUUGCAGUGCUGAUGGUGGCCUCCGUGGAGGUGGACCCCAUGCACGAGCACUACCUGACCCUCCUCUCCUACGUGGGCUGUGUCAUCUCCGCGCUGGCCUGUACCCUCACCAUCGCCGCCUACCUCUGCUCCAGGAGGAAGACCCGGGAUUACACCAUCAAGGUGCACAUGAACCUGCUGCUGGCCGUCUUCCUGCUGGAUGUGAGCUUCCUGCUCAGCGAGCCAGUGGCCCUGGCGGGCUCUGAGGCUGGCUGCUGUGCCAGCGCCAUCUUCCUGCACUUCUCCCUGCUUGCCUGCCUCUCCUGGAUGGGCCUGGAGGGCUACAACCUCUACCGGCUGGUGGUCGAGGUCUUCGGCACCUAUGUCCCUGGCUACCUGCUCAAGCUGAGCAUUGUGGGCUGGGGCUUCCCCAUCUUCCUGGUGACGUUGGUGGCACUGGUGGACGUGAACAACUAUGGCCCCAUCAUCCUGGCUGUGCACAGGACUCCAGAGAGUGUCAUCUACCCUUCCAUGUGCUGGAUCCGGGACUCCCUGGUCAGCCACGUCACCAACCUGGGCCUCUUCAGCCUGGUGUUCCUCUUCAAUGCGGCCAUGCUGGGCACCAUGGUGGUGCAGAUCCUGCGGCUGCGCCCCCACGCCCAGAAGUGGCCCCACGUGCUGACGCUGCUGGGCCUCAGCCUCGUCCUCGGCCUGCCCUGGGCCUUGGUCUUCUUCUCCUUUGCUUCUGGCACCUUCCAGCUCGUCGUGCUUUACUUCUUCAGCAUCAUCACCUCCUUCCAAGGCUUCCUCAUCUUCCUCUGGUACUGGUCCAUGCGGCUGCAGGCCCGGGGCGGGCCCUCCCCUCUGAAGAACAGCUCGGACAGCGCAAGGCUCCCCAUCAGCUCGGGCAGCACGUCGUCCAGCCGCAUCUAGGCCGCCAGCCGCUCGCCAGCGUGAGGAGCAGGGGUGCGGCCUCUCCUCACCGCACUUGUGGCCCCUGCAGCCAGGCCGGCCCGUGGCGGGUCAGCUGGAGACUUGAGAAGCCCGAGGACCUUGGAGGGAUGGGGCUGUCGGCAUGCCGGCCAGACUCUCAGGCUGGACCUUCUGAAUCAGCCUGGGGGCGACUCGGCUCUCAGGUCCAGCUCACAGGGGCUCAGGAGUGGGACUGUCCCCCAGCCCUCCUAACCUGGGGCUGAAGUCUGGUCUUAACUCACCGUGGCUGGCCCGGCCCUCUCGACUGGGGGUCAGGAGCCCGCCGGCCUCAGGGUCAGGCCUCGGAUCUUAGAGGCUGGGGCAUCCUGUGCCAUAGCUGGUCUGUCUCUUGUGAUCGCUUGAGGACACUCUGCAGCCCCUGUCAUUUUAACCCAAGGAUGGUACCAGGGAGAAGGUUGGGGCAGAGCGUUGGAGCCAGACCCCUGGAGGAGGACAGCCCCCUCCCGGAGCAGAGCUCUCCUACCUCUGAGCCCCGGGCCCUUGCCCUCCAGCAGCACCCCCACCCUCCCCAGUCCUCCACGCACAGCCUGGGGGCCCAGUUCCACUGCUGUAUUUUGGGUACAGGUUCCCAGGAGCCACUGGGUGCCUGCUGUAAACCUCUAUCUACUGCGCAGGCCUCUGCCUGCCCCUGACUCAGGCUUAGUGUAGACGCUCUGGGCUGGGCUGGGCUGGUCCGGCCGUGCAUCUGGGCCUCUCCCUUGCUCACACUGCCAUGACCGCUGGUCCCCCCUCGGCCCCUCCCAGAACCCUCUUGUGGCGAGAACUGUGGAUGUGGCAGGCCAAAUCUGUUUCAUGGGCAGCACCCUGAAGAUAGACAUGCCUCACCUGGUGACACUGGCUGAGAGCCUGACGUGCUCCUGAGGGGUCAUCCCUGAAUCACUGCAGGUGGACGUGAGCAUGCUGGAGCCCCCCACAGUUAAUUCUGUUGGACACAGACAGCCAGACCUGGUCACUGCCCAUUGUGAGCGCUCAGUCUAGUGUGUGAGGCAUGUACAAGACAAGAGCUCCAGGAGCUGCAGACACAGGGCUGGGAGAGCCAUCAUUCCUGGCUUGGGAUCCAGGAAGACUUCCUGUAGGAGGCAGCUUUUGAUCUAGAUCUCAUCCUUAAAGAUGGGGAGGAUUUUCUUUUUAAUUACUGCUUCAUUUGUCUUUUGAUAUUAAAAAGAAGUACAUGUUCGUUGUAGAGAAUUUGAAAACUAGAAGAGUGUCGAGAAGAAAAUAAAAAUCAGCUGUUGUUAUCAGCUAACAAACCGAUGUCAA